AUGUCGCUGCGAUCGCCCGGCAAUUUCGGCAUCCAGAAAGCAGAGGGCCCCGCCUAUGUGGGAGGGAAUACAUAUUCCAGCGUGAUACUCGUUUCCGCCCUGACAGCUCUAGUGCUUUACUUUUACAAACGAAGUGCGAAUACAAAGCGUGCUGAGAUACUCUUCCAGCAGAGCCAUCGCUGUGGCAGUCCACGCCCACUCCGGUACAGAUGGCCUCUCGCACUAGACACAGUCAUAGAAGCUUUCCGCAUGUUUGAAGAGAAGCAGAUCUUGCAAUGGUUUGUUCGAGUCUUUACGGAAACAGGACCAACUUUUGAGAAGACGAUUCUGGGCUCCAAGAGCAUCGACACCAUUGAGCCGGAGAACAUUGAGUCCAUCUUGUCCACCAACUUCUCAGCAUACAACCUUGGUGCCCGCCGGCCGGUCUUUGCACCUCUUCUGGGAGACGGAAUCUUUACCCAAGAUUCUGCACAAUGGAGGCACUCUCGCAACCUGUUGCGGCCUUUGUUCUCACUCAACCGUACCAACAUCUUCACCCAGGUAGAAGAGCACACGGAACAUUUGGUGAGCUGCAUACCAAUGGACAAGUUUGUCGACCUACAGCCUCUCUUUUUCCAAUUCACAUUUGACACAACAACAUUUCUGCUUUUCGGCAAGUCAGUGAACUCGUUACAGGCUAAGUCAAGACAAGAUGCAGGAAGUGCUCGAGAAGCUGAAUUUGCGGAGGCAUUUCGAAGAUCUCAAGAUUUCCUCUUCCGUCGUGGACGUCGAGGGGGUCUGUAUUGGACGGUCGACAACAAAGAGUUUCGAGGACAUUGUUCGGUUGUGCAUAAGUUUAUUGACGAAGCGGUACAUGAGGCCCUCACAGCCACACACGAGGACGGCAAACCUGCCGAGGUGCAUAGCUUCUUGGAUGCUCUCAUCAAGGAUACACGUGAUCCCAGAGUCUUGCGAGAUCAGCUUUUGAAUGUCAUGCUUGCCGGCAGAGAUACAACGGCAUGCUGUUUGGCAUGGACUUUUCGGCUCCUCGCUCAACACCCGGAUGUUCUGGGAAAGCUACGACAGGAGAUCGCUUCUACCGUGGGUGUGGUGCUUCGACUUUACCCCUCUGUGCCAAUCAACUCCCGAACUGCGUCAUGGACGACUACAAUCCCAAGGGGCGGCGGACCUGAUGGCUCUGAGCAUUUGAUGGUCAGAAAGGGGGAGGCUGUAGGGUUUUCCAUUCACGCGAUGCAUCGGCUGAAGAGACUUUAUGGCGAGGACGCUGAUUCUUUCCGUCCUGAUCGCUGGGACCCAGACGUGGACAAUGCCGUGGAUCUCAGGAACAUUUGCUGGGGCUACCUACCCUUCGGUGGGGGUCCUAGACUCUGCUUGGGGCAGGAUUUUGCUUUGCUUGAAGCUGGGUAUGUCACUGUGCGGAUAGUGCAGAAGUUCCGAACACUGGAACUGGAUCCUCGAGACACAGGGAUCGCUGUGGGUACCGAAAAACAGGAGGUUACCCUUGUCCUUGCUAGCCAAGAUGGUUGCCGGGUUAAAGCGAUUGAAUAA